UAACUGGAGGCAGCCCUCUCCAGCAAGCAAGCCUCUGCUCUCCUCUCUUCGUUUCUGGUACAAUUCAAAAAGCUGUCUCUCUGUAAGGUGCGGACUCACUAGAUCGUUGGCUUCUAAAAUCUGCGACGAUGGUGCUCGAGGCGACAAUGAUCUGUAUUGACAAUUCCGAAUGGAUGCGUAACGGUGAUUACUCGCCUUCUCGAUUUCAAGCUCAAGCAGAUGCUGUCAAUCUUAUCUGCGGUGCCAAAACACAGUCAAAUCCAGAAAAUACAGUCGGAGUUCUCACAAUGGCAGGGAAGGGAGUUCGGGUUUUGGUGACCCCCACCAGCGAUCUGGGCAAGAUCUUAGCUUGCAUGCAUGGACUAGAAAUAGGUGGUGAAAUGAACCUAGCCGCUGGUAUUCAAGUGGCACAAUUGGCUCUCAAACAUCGGCAAAAUAAGAAACAGCAGCAAAGAAUCAUCAUUUUUGCUGGAAGUCCCGUCAAGCACGAGAAGAAGAUGCUGGAGAUGAUUGGGAGAAAACUAAAAAAGAACAGUGUAGCCCUUGACAUUAUUAAUUUUGGUGAAGAAGAUGAAGGCAAGACUGAAAAGCUGGAAGCACUUCUCGCAGCCGUUAAUAAUAAUGAUACAAGCCACAUUGUCCAUGUUCCAGCUGGUCCCAAUGCUCUUUCUGAUGUACUUAUAAGUACACCUAUUUUUACUGGCGAUGGGGAAGGUGGAAGUGGCUUCGCUGCUGCAGCAGCUGCAGCUGCAGCUGGUGGUGUAUCUGGUUUUGAGUUUGGUGUCGAUCCAAACUUGGAUCCUGAGCUAGCUCUCGCUUUAAGAGUUUCAAUGGAGGAGGAGAGGGCCAGACAGGAGGCAGCUGCAAAAAAGGCUGCUGAGGAUGCUGCCAAACAGGAGAAAGGAGAUGAUCAGCAAGCCAGUUCACAAGAUGCAACAAUGACUGAGCGAACCAGUGCUGCAACAUCUGAAGCUGAUAACAAGACAAAUGAUAUGAUGGAUGAUGAGAAUGCUCUCCUGCAGCAAGCACUUGCGAUGUCAAUGGAUGAUCCUGCCAUUAACCAGGACUUAAGAGACACAGAUAUGUCAGAAACAACUGCAGAAGAUCCUGAUUUGGCACUUGCCCUUAAGUUGUCAGUAACAGACAAUACAAAGGACUCGGCAAGCCAGUCAGACAUGAGUAAAUUGUUGGCUGAUCAGUCAUUCGUAUCUUCUAUCCUCGCCUCACUUCCUGGUGUUGACCCAAAUGACCCAUCUGUCAAAGAUCUGCUGGCCUCCAUGCAAAAUCAGUCUGAGCCGCAGCAGAAGAAUGAAGACAAGCCGCCAAAUGAGGAGGAAAAGAAAUAAUCUUGUGGAUCUUAGUGUCCAUGCCAGGCUUUAUAUUCUGUUCCCUUGAUAGACAAAUUUGUUAGCAUGUUGGAUGGUGGUUCAAAAUAGGGCACUCUUUGGAACUGAUGUUUGGUUCCAUGACUUAAGUUCUAGAUGAUUGUUAAGUUACGCGUUGCUGUUGGCCGAGCUUUGCAACGUGGCCACUCGGGGAGGAACAUUCGAACCAUUUAUAUAUAUAUAUAUAUAUAUAUAUAUAUAUAUAUUUCAAUA